AUGUGCAUUGUUCAGACUAUCGCGGCGUCUACACGGUUCACCAUGGAGAAGUUUGUGUUGCUGUUGGCCGUCCUCCCGUAUGUGGCCCUAAAGUCCCUCUCCUACCCUCCGGCAGACUCGGAGCCCUCUCUAAGCUUUGCAGUGAUCGGUGACUGGGGGGGUAUACCCCUCCCUCCAUACUUCACCAAGCAGGAGACAUUGGUGGCAGACGAGCUGGGCAAAACCGUAGCCAAAUGGGGAGCCGACUUCAUCCUGUCCGUUGGAGACAACUUCUAUUAUGAGGGAGUGACCGAUGUCGCAGACUUCAGGUUUAAGACAACAUUUGAGUCGGUGUUUGAUGCCGAGUCCCUAAGCCACGUCCCCUGGUAUGUUAUCGCUGGAAACCACGACCACAACGGGAACAUCACGGCUCAGAUGGCCUACUCCAAUGUAUCUUCCCGAUGGAGAUUCCCAGCCUUGUACUACGACCUGUCCUUCAAGAUUCCAGCCACCAACGCGUCGGUGCGUCUCAUUCUGCUGGACACCAUAGUUUUGUGCGGCAACUCCGACGACUUCCACAGAGAGCAACCGUUAGGUGCCGCCAACCCAAAGAUGGCCGAUGAACAACUAGUUUGGCUAACGGAGAAACUAAGGACUGCCAAGGAAGAGUACUUGCUGGUGGCGGGGCAUUACCCGGUGUGGUCCAUCGCCGAGCACGGCCCCACCUCCUGCCUUCUGGAGCAUGUGGAGCCGCUGCUUAAGAAAUACAGAGUGACGGCUUUUCUGAGCGGACACGACCACAACAUGCAGUAUCUGCAGGAUGAUCACGGUAUUGGAUACGUGCUGAGCGGGGCUGGAAACUUCAUGGAAAAUUCCCGUAAGCACGAGGACGAGGUUCCCCAGGGCUACUUGCGGUUUUUCCAGGGCGAGGAAGACAUUAUGGGCGGCUUCGUCUACGUGAACCUUACGGCUAAAGAGAUGAAUAUAACCUACAUACAGUCUGGGGGCAAAAGUUCUUUCCAUACCAAGCUCUUUCCUCGAGUGCUGUAAUCCCAGCGGCCAAAGAGAAUCCUCGUUUACACAGUUCUACUUGGAUCACAUGAUUCUGGGCGUCUCCGUAUCACGGCAGAGUGAGGUACUUGGAGUCCAUUCCUUGAGAUAUUGCUCCAGUCUUCACUCCAGGAGAUCACGGACUGUUUUAGCAAAUUUAAGGGUGUGCCAAAAAUAUGAACGGAUCACAUGUUCUUAAGAUUGUAUGUGUCGGUCGAUGUUUGUGUGUCGGUUUUACAGUUUUAAAUUUAACAGGGCAUUUUUAAAUGGAGUGAAAAAAAUCUGAGC